UCUCUCUCUCUCUCUCUCUCUCUCUCUCUCUCUCACCCGAAGAGCACAAUCUCUUUUGGUUCUUUCUCUGUCUUUGGAAACUUUGUUUCCAACGAGUUCGUUUUUUCUUCUAGGGCAAAUGACGGCUCCGGACAUGGCGGCAAUCACAGAAUCUCUGGAGAGAUCGAUGCAGAAUUGUUCCCUGAGCAAUCGGAGAAGGAUCGACGCCGGAGGAGGAGAAUCAUCGACAUCGUUCGAUAACAUCAGCGCGACGACCGAUGAACACAUUCCGGUCUCCGACAGGACCUUGGAGCUGAAUUCUCACAUCUCUCUUCCUUGUCACUGGGAACAGUGUCUCGAUCUCAAGACAGGAGAGAUUUAUUACAUAAACUGGAAGAACGGGAUGAAAGUGAAGGAGGAUCCGAGGAAAAGGGAAUACAGUGGAGGAUCAUACGCGGUGUAUUCAGAGGAAGACAGCUCUUACGACAGUGAAGAGUCGACGUCUGAAUCGAAGAAGGAGGAGGAGGAAGAGGAAGAGGAAGAAGUGCUGGUGGUGGCUGGUUGCAAGGCUUGUUUCAUGUACUUCAUGGUGCCAAAGCUUGUCGAGGACUGCCCCAAAUGUUCCGCCCAUCUCAUCCACUUCGAUCGGCCUGACACUACUUCCCCUUAGAACUCUUCUUUCUCUUUCUUGUUUUUCUUUUUUUAAAAAAAAAAAUCUGAUGAAAUGGUUCUUGACUGGGUAUUAACACGAUUCUCAACGUGGGAAUGUUUUUUUUUUUAAAAAAAAAAAGAAAAGAAAAAAAGAGGGGAUGGAUGUUUUUAAUGUGUUAAUCAUCAGUCACUAUGAAACAUUUUUUUUUUGUAUUUUGCUUAUGCCCUUUGGAUCUUUUCCACUCCCAAGUCUUCAA